AAAGAGCUUCCUGCAAUGCAGGAACUGAACAAAGCAAAACCGUAGAUUUUCACAUUAUUGGGGAGACUCAGAAAUGCGCCUUUGAGUUUAUUUUUUGACCUGGCAUCUGACAAGUGCACAAUGGUGAAGAAAAGGCUGUCUUCCAAUGACUCAGUGUUCCGGUGGGAGACUCCUGGCAGCCCAGGCAAGGCCAGCUCGGAGGCCCCGCACAGCUCCACCGACAGCCCCGGCUCAGUGUUUCUCAGCUCAGAGGCUGAGAAUGGUAUGGAGGAGAAAAAGAAGGCCUGCAGGUCACCAGCAUCCCAGCCUCCCACCCCAUCCAGUGAGGCCGAGUCCCCAGACCAGAAGAGACUCAUCUGCCUGCGGUCAAAACCCAAUUUCGAUGGUGCCUCUUUAGCAAGUGAUAAGAAUGACUGUAAAACAGAAAGCAAAAAUGACUCUAAGGCGGAAAGGAAAAAGUCUUCGUCUUCCAGCCAGUACAAGGCAAAUAUGCACUUUCACAAGUUGUUUGUUGAUGUCCCAACUGAGGAACCACUGAGGCAAAGUUUUACCUGUGCCCUGCAGAAAGAGAUAUUAUACCAAGGGAAGCUCUUUGUAUCAGAAAACUGGAUCUGUUUUCAUUCCAAGGUCUUUGGAAAAGACACUAAGAUCUCUAUUCCAGCUUUCUCCGUAACCCUAAUAAAGAAAACCAAAACUGCCCUUCUGGUGCCAAAUGCCCUGAUUAUAGCGACAGUCACAGACAGGUACAUAUUUGUCUCCUUACUCUCCAGAGAUUCAACUUAUAAACUGCUAAAAUCUGUGUGUGGACACUUGGAUAGUACAAGUGUUGGAAACAGUCCCAGUCCAUCUUCUCUUGAAAACAGUUUCCGGGCAGAACACCCUACGUCUCUGCCUCUGGAUUUCAACGAUGAAUUCUCAGAUCUGGAUGGAGUGGUUCAACAAAGAAGGCAAGACAUGGAAGGAUACAGCAGUUCUGGUUCUCAGACUCCUGAAUCCGAGAACUCUAGAGAUUUCCAUGUGACAGAAUCCCAGACAGUUCUGAAUGUCUCCAAGGGAGAAGCAAAACCAACGAGGGCAGAUGCCCAUGUGAACAGAGUACCUGAAGGAAAAGUCAAGAGUCUCCCUGCACGUGGUCAGUCAGAAACCAUUGGAAUAUUACACGAAGUCAAGUCUCAGAAAUAUCCAACUCUCCGCCAUAUUCUUAUAUUCUAUGCAAUCGUGGUCUGUGCACUAAUCAUCUCGACCUUCUACAUGAGAUACAGAAUUAAUACUCUGGAGGAGCGGCUGGGCUCACUAACCUCCACUGUGGACGGCCAUCAUACCGAGCAGGCAGCACCUUCCAGCCUGGGGUCACAGGUACAAUUAAACGUGGAGGUCCUCUGCCGAGAGCUUACAGCCAACAUACUGAAAUUAGAAAAGAUACAGAACAACUUGCAGAAGUUGCUUGAGAAUGGCGACUGAUGGACCAGAUUGCUUGGGCCAACACGAUACCUCGCGCUUCCCUUUGAAGAAGGUGCUCCCGCAGGUGUCCUGGUGGACGCUCCCUGCUGGCCAGAGGAGCAAGUAGCGCGGCAUCCCCAGCCAUGUUUGCACUUGGAGGUCUCCAGCUCAGGAAGGGGGGGGGGGAUAAUUUUGGUUCCUGUGCAAUAAAGUUGACCUUGACUCUGACGAAGUUUUCAGUGCUGCUGCCUGAAGAAAACACCCAUCUCGGGAGGUCUCAGAAAGGACCUGGCGGACACUCUCUUGGAUGACUGUGGGUCAGUGGCCGUGGUGACUGUGUCAGCAAACACACUCCACAACAUGCCUUUUCAGUCCUUCCCGCUCUCCCUUACACCCCAGCCUUCAAACUAAGGGAUAUAUCAUGUGCCAACAGACCUGAUGUGGUCCUUUGAAGAAUUAGCCGUAACUCUCCAAAGGCAAUAAAGAGCUCUCAUGGACAGACUUGCUUCAAAGAAAUAACACCAGCAUUUUCCCCCUUCCACUCUUCUGUCCUAGUUUAAAUCAUGUGUGUAUCUUAACUUCUCAGUUGAAUAUUGGCAAGAAUAUUGGGUAAAGCAGAUAAAGCAUCCCAUUUGUGUUUUGUUUUGCUCUUCUAACUAAUACUUAAUUGUACUGAUUCUCACCCACCCCAGAUCAAGAAUCUGUGAGACAUGGGACUGAAGUACUAAGUAAACUUACUUUGAAACCAAAACUAAUCUUUAAACCAAAAAGGUAUAAUGUGAUUUGACACAGGAUGAAAAACACCGUAUUUUUAAGAUGAUAAGUGGACUAUGUUACUUUUGAAAAAGGAUGUCUGUAUUGAAUGCUGAAGCCCACGUCAGCAUGAGGAUAGCAUGCUUUUUAUCUUUUACUGACUAAAAUAAAUAACUGGUGGUUUGCUAACUUCUAUUUACCAUAUGGGUUGCCUGGUUUUUAUUAAUAAUUAUUUAGGUACCAUAAGAUCUGUAAUAUAAAAGAUACUCUGUUUCUAUCUGCAAUGCAUUUUAUAAUCAUUUCUAUGAAAUGUAUUUUAUUUAAUCAGAUAAGCUAAUAAGUGAAUUGGUUACAUCAUUUGUAUCUGUUAGCCUACUGGACAAGAAUUGUGCCUGGUGCACCCUGGCUUUUAAUAAA